ACGUACGUACGGCGCAAGCCCGAGGGCGACAGCAGCGCGCAGGCGCACGUAGGUCCCCGCGCUUUUCGGAGGCCGCCGGCGUCCCAGACCGGCGGCAGGAUAGCAGCAUCAAGGACCAUUGUGUACAUGGAGAAGUGCACAGUACCUGGAUUGAAACUGCUCGUGUUCCAUUUCUGGCACCAUUCAUAACUGACUGUGUGAUCUCAAGACCUGUAAAAUGCAGACCUCCAGCUCUAGAUCUGUGCACCUGAGUGAAUGGCAGAAGAAUUACUUCACAAUUACAUCUGGCAUAUGUACAGGACGGAAGGCAGAUGCAUACCGUGCACAGAUAUUACGCAUUCAGUAUGCAUGGGCAAACUCUGAGAUUUCCCAGGUCUGUGCUACCAGACUGUUCAAAAAAUAUACAGAGAAAUAUUCUGCAAUUAUUGAUUCUGACAAUGUUGAAUCUGGCUUGAAUAAUUAUGCAGAAAACAUUUUAACUUUGGCAGGAUCUCAACAAACAGAUAGUGACAAGUGGCAGUCUGGAUUGUCAAUAAAUAAUGUUUUCAAAAUGAGUAGUGUACAGAAGAUGAUGCAAGCUGGCAAAAAAUUCAAAGACUCUCUGUUGGAACCUGCUCAUGCAUCAGUGGUAAUCCAUAAGGAGGCCACUGUCUUUGAUCUUCCUAAAUUUAGUGUUUCUGGUAGUUCUCAAGAGAGUGACCCAUUACCUAACUCAGCUCAUGAUCAAGAUAGGACCCAGGACUUCCCAGAGAACAGUCCUUUGAAACUCCUUCAGACUGCCCAGCCACCUAUGGUGACUAACACUGCUAAGGCUUGUCCUACAUUCUUAGCACCUGUAGGUGACUCAGCCACUGCAAAAUUCCAUGUCACACCGUUGUUUGGAAAUGUCAAAAAGGAAAAUCACAGCUCUCCAAAAGAAAACAUAGGACUUAAUAUGUUCUUAUCUAAUCAGUCUUGUUUUCCUGCUGCCUGUGAGACUCCACAAAGGAAGUCUUUUUAUGAUUCUGGCACCAUUGAUGCAGUUUCCAAUCCAAUACUAAAUAAGGCUUGUAGUAAAACAGAAGAUAAUGGCCCAAAGGAGGAUAGCAGCCUGCCUACAUUUAAAACGGCAAAAGAACAAUUGUGGGUAGAUCAGCAAAAAAAGUACCACCAACCUCAGCGUGCAUCAGGGUCUUCUUAUGGUGGUGUAAAAAAGUCUCUAGGAGCUAGUAGAUCCCGAGGAAUACUUGGAAAGUUUGUUCCUCCUAUACCCAAGCAAGAUGGGGGAGAGCAGAAUGGAGGAACGCAGUAUAAGCCUUACGGGGCAGGGCCUACAGAACCAGCACAUCCAGUCGAUGAGCGUCUGAAGAACUUGGAGCCAAAGAUGAUUGAACUUAUUAUGAAUGAGAUUAUGGAUCAUGGACCUCCAGUAAAUUGGGAAGAUAUUGCAGGAGUAGAAUUUGCUAAAGCCACCAUAAAGGAAAUAGUUGUGUGGCCCAUGUUGAGGCCAGACAUCUUUACUGGUUUAAGGGGACCCCCUAAAGGAAUUUUGCUCUUUGGUCCUCCUGGGACUGGUAAAACUCUAAUUGGCAAGUGCAUUGCUAGUCAGUCUGGGGCAACAUUCUUUAGCAUCUCUGCUUCAUCCUUAACUUCUAAAUGGGUAGGUGAGGGGGAGAAAAUGGUCCGUGCAUUGUUUGCUGUUGCAAGGUGUCAGCAACCAGCUGUGAUAUUUAUUGAUGAAAUUGAUUCCUUGUUAUCUCAAAGGGGAGAUGGUGAGCAUGAAUCUUCUAGAAGGAUAAAAACAGAAUUUUUAGUUCAGCUAGAUGGAGCAACAACAUCUUCUGAAGAUCGUAUCCUAGUGGUGGGAGCAACAAAUCGGCCACAAGAAAUUGAUGAGGCUGCCCGGAGAAGAUUGGUGAAAAGGCUUUAUAUUCCCCUCCCAGAAGCUUCAGCCAGGAAACAGAUAGUAAUUAAUCUAAUGUCCAAAGAGCAGUGUUGCCUCAGUGAAGAAGAAAUCGAACAGGUUGUACAGCAGUCUGAUGGGUUCUCAGGAGCAGACAUGACACAGCUUUGCAGAGAGGCUUCUCUUGGUCCUAUUCGCAGUUUACAAACUGCUGACAUUGCUACCAUAACACCGGAUCAAGUUCGACCAAUAGCUUAUAUUGAUUUUGAAAAUGCUUUUAGAACUGUGCGACCUAGUGUUUCUCCAAAAGAUUUAGAGCUUUAUGAAAACUGGAACAAAACUUUUGGUUGUGGAAAGUAAAUGGGAUUCUUGGAAUCAAAAGACGGCAUCUCUGUAGUACAGUUUUUUUUUUUUUUUUUUUUUUUUUUAGCAUAGAAAGUUGGGGAUGUGUUAAUUGUGUUUUUUAGAAUAUAUUCUGAAUUCUGUACUUCAAAUAAUAAUAGCUCAGAUUUUAUAACUGAUUGACAUAGUGUAUGUUAAUGUAAGUUUUGCUCUCCAGUGAUUACCUAAUGUGUAAGCCUAUCUGAACAAAGUGAGAAUGAACUUUUGUUUCUAAGAAGUCUUUCUUGAAGCUAUAUAACAUGAAAAGUGAGCUCAAAUUUUUUUUUACUUGAAGGUUACAUAUAAAGUUGUAUCUGAUUAAUAUUCGUCUUUUAUUGAAGAAAGUGCGUUCUGAUGGCCACAUAAUUCUUAAUGUCUGCUAGUAUAAUGGUUUACAUUUGGACAAAGUAUUGCUUAGUGUUAUUUGAGUAGAUUUAAGAUCUCACUAAAAGCUAAAGUGCCAAUUUUUACUUUCUUCAGCCAAUUUGUUACCUCUUUUAUGGUUGUUAAUUUUUAUCAGGACUAACAUUUUCAGAAAUAGCAAGGUGUGAUCUAGUAUUAGAGAUAUGUUCACAGAACUGAAAGCUUAAUUAAGAAUGUUGUUUACUUUCAGGGAAGCGUGUGAUAUUUAACAUUAAUAUUUUAUUUGACACUAUAGCCUGUAAUACUGCUCUCUUUCAAAAAUAAGUGUUUUCAGAUUUUUAUAACAGACCCAUUUUGUUUUAUGAAACAUGUUCAUUACAGUGAAGCAUGUUCGUUACAGAAAUAUGAGAAAAUAGAGAUAAGUAAAAAGAAUAAAAAUCACUGUUAUCCUACCACUUUGUGGGACACACUAUUAAUAUUUAAGCAUAGAUUUUUCCAGAUGUUUUGUUUUAUAUAGCAGUAGGAUUGUAUAAUGUAUUCUGUCUUGUAGCCUGCUCUUUAAAGCGUAUCUUUACAUGUUGACGUAAAUGUCCUUUUAUGAUUGUCUAGGAUUCCAUGGAUGGAUGGACUAUAAUUGAGUCAUCUGGUAGAGUGCAUAUAGGACAGGACACUAGGUUGUUUAUCUUUUGUUUAUUGUAAAGGAACUAUGUGGGAUGCAAUUGGUGAUCUUUUUAAAAAAUGUAUAAAUUUCUUGAGUAAUUCUUGGAUUAAAGAAUAUGUACUUUUUAAUGCUU